GGCCGAGGCCCCGCUCUGCGCCCUGCCCCCUGCCCGCUGCGCUGCGGAGGCUGCGCGGGGCGGGGACUGCGCGGGGAGGGAGAAGAUGGCGGAGGCCGAGGUUGGGCUGUCUCCUAAUUGAGGAGAGUCAAAAUACUGUUAGCAAGUGACUCCUUCGCAAUCAGCCUGUUGGAUGUCUCUGAGAAUAUAAGAAGUCAUGGCAGAAAAUGAUCCAACGCCAAUCUUACCAAAAAAGUGUGGCCCAUACAUUUCAUCUGUAACCAGCCGUGGCAUGAAUUUGGUAAUUCGUGGCAUAGUGCUGUUUUUUAUUGGCGUAUUUCUUGCAUUAGUAUUAAACCUGCUUCAGAUCCAGAGAAACGUUACUCUCUUCCCCCCUGAUGUGAUCACCAGCAUCUUCUCCUCAGCUUGGUGGGUGCCACCCUGCUGUGGCACAGCAUCAGCUGUGAUUGGGUUAUUGUACCCAUGCAUGGACAAACAUCUGGGAGAGCCACAUAAAUUUAAGAGAGAAUGGUCCAGUGUAAUGCGAUGUGUAGCUGUCUUUGUGGGCAUAAAUCAUGCCAGUGCUAAAGUGGAUUUUGCCAACAAUAUCCAGUUGUCUCUCACAUUAGCAGCCCUGUCAAUUGGACUGUGGUGGACAUUUGAUAGAUCACGAAGUGGUUUUGGUCUUGGAGUAGGAAUUGCUUUCCUGGCCACAUUGGUGUCACAACUGCUGGUCUACAAUGGAGUCUAUCAAUACACAUCUCCAGAUUUCCUUUAUGUUCGUUCAUGGUUGCCAUGUAUAUUUUUUGCUGGUGGAAUAACUAUGGGCAAUAUUGGCAGGCAGCUGGCAAUGUAUGAAUGCAAAGUCAUUGCAGAGAAGACUCAUGAGGACUGAGGAGGAACAGUAUGCACCUUUUGAACAGGAAAACACCUGACAAAUGACUGUCAGAGGAGCAUAAGGAACACUUGACUAUGAAAUUGCCAAAAUGCAAUUUUUUUUCCCUUGAGUGGUAUACUUUACUGCAAUCUGUGAUUGCUGCUUCUAUAGAAACCUUGGUGUCUCAUUUUGAUUACUGUGAAGUCACAAUAGUAUGCAAUACUUUUGACAAUAUUGGUUCAAUUAUAGGAUUCUCUUUUCCCAAACUAAACUGAGUCUACAAUAAGUUCUUGGUCUGUCCAUAAUGUUACAGUGCCAAACUCAACCUUUGCACUAUGUUUCUGUAGCUGAAACUCCUGCUUCACUUUAUCUUGAAAGCUUUGAGGGAUUCGUUCUUAAUAGCUCAGUGAAUGACAGAGGAUGCAAAUUUAAGAAUCAAGAUCUCUUUCCAUAAUACCUUUAUGAAAUUACUGGAUUACAGGUGAGCUUUGAUGCAGCAAAGUAACUGAUUUCUGCUUUUUAACACACUGUCAUUCUUCUUGCUCACAUCACAGAUGAGGAAACUUAAUACAGAUUGUAUGGGUUGUUGCUGUAUGAUUUCAUUUGUGGUAUGUGCCCAGUAUCACAGAAUGCAGAAAUAGAAGCUGAGGCUGGAAAUUCACUGGUUUUCCCCUGGUACGACCAGUCUGCAUGUUUGUAUAUGAAUUUAUGAGGACCAUCGUCAAAUGUGGACAGAUUCUGAAACUACAAUUGGAGUAAUUCUUGUACAAUCCCUUAAACUGACUUGUGUUGAUCCCUUAUUAAAAAAAGAAUCUUAGGGAGUUUUUAUUGAAAAACUUAAUUUUGAUUAAAUAAAUCAGCAACUACCAUAUAGUGUUGUAAAACUGUCCAUUACCACUAUUACUCAUGAUAGUUCUAGUCUGCUACCUGUUCAAAGGGAUCAGCAGGAGGAGCAAGGCUGUGUUCUAGGUACAGAUGUAGUCCUUAUGGCUGUGACUGUGGUCCAGGCAACCAUGCAAAUGCAUUUUUCUCAUACAUAUUUUCUGAGGUAGAGAAAUACUGUUACCUCUCUUCUGCAGGUGGCUGUGCUCUGAAAUUUUGAUGGGACUGAGGAGCUGAAGUAGCCAAUGUGCUAAUCAGUUCCCUCCUUAAGAAGGAUUUUAGUGUGUAACCCAUACUUGUGGGCAUACAUGGAAUUUCCUCAUGGCCUUUUAAGACCAUGAGAUAAAAGAGCUUGUGCAGGAAGGCAGAAAGUAAACUUCAAGAGGACACUGCUAACCUGUGCCAGCAGUGAAUUUGGCAUGGGAUGCCUCCACUUUGUUUCCUUCCUUCUGUCUCUGUGUUGAUGAUGUUUUCGUGUAUUUGUUUUCUUUUCUUUUUGUCUUGAAGAACUAUUUUUUCAGUCCUCCAUGAGAGGAUUUAAAGACAUGUUACAGUCAUCUAGGGAGGCUGGAGUUGGUCCAAAGAACAAAUAGAUGUUUAGACAAGUUUUUAUUCAUAACUGUGUGUAUGCAUUGUACACAAAGCUUGAAAUAGGCAACUCCUUUUCAGUCUUAGAUGCUUAUCUUUCAAGUCUGAAAAACAUGCAAUGGAGUGCUUCCAAUAGCAUUGUAACAAAAGAAGUGGUCACAGAGCGAGAAUUACCUGAAUGGAGAGGUGUAAAAAUAAUAAAUAAUCAAAUGAUGUAUAAAGAGCUUGGUUCUCUAGCUCCACAAAGUUUCAUCACUUUAUUAUGGCUUCAUGACAAUUCCACACCUGCAGCACACUUUGGUUGGGUGAUGUUUCAGGAAACCACUUACAGCUGCUCUUUACUUUAAGGAGAGGCAGAACAUAUUUUAAAUGGGUCACUUACUAGAGAUUUUCUUUUAAUCAAAUCAUACAGCAAUAAGAAGCAUUUUAGUAAUAAACCCAAAAAACUGUUGGGACAUGAACUAGGGGCGAGUUUCUUCAGGCAGUCUCUGGCAUUUCACUGAAGAAGCUGUUGGGUCCCUUUCUGUACAGUAUUUGGCCUUGUCCAUCUUGUUGACUUGAACAAAUGGAUUCAGCUUGGUGAGCAGCAGGAUGAGUCCCUCUUGAAUUGUCAGGGCAGUAAUGGCAAAAAAAUUCAGAUGUUUCAUAUCCAAACUGUGGGAAAUAACAUGGUACCUCAGUAGCCAGUGUGCUGACUUGAUAAACAGUUUAUUUUGGUCAUGACCAAUAAGUGUAUGCAACCAGAGAUGAGCAGUUUUUAUUAUUCACUUGCUGGUAGAACUGCUUUUACCUGCCAGUCUGAAUAUUUACACAGAAGAAGCCUUGUGUAUGUUAAAAUGUGCAGUAUGUGAGAAGUGGUUGUUGUGCAUCUGUGGCACCCACUUUGCAAUACUUUGCACUUAGAUUGAUAAAGACCCAGUUAGACUGUGCUGUCCACUAAUGUCUUUUAAAUUUCAUUUUGGAAAUUUUGAGUAUGUUGUGCAAAGGCAGCAGUCAUCCAAAAUAAAUUUGGGUGGAGUCCUUUAUUAUAUGCCAUUUCUUAUUUUUAUUCUUCUUUGACUAAAGUCAACACAAGAUUCUUCACAUCUUGGAUGUCAUAUUUUUUCAAACUGCGUUGUAGUUUUAUGGCUGAUGUGUUCAAAACCUGAAAGAGGUUCAUGAUGAGAAUGCUGACACAGCCUUAACUGUAGUGGUGUGAAUAUGCUGCUACUGUAUAGCAUGUAAUUACAACAUUAGACUGUUUGAAAUGUUAUUCAAUAGAGAAUGAAUAAGGUAUAUUUUAGAUACAACUUUAUAAGCACUGUAACCUCUUCACUAAUUAAGCAUUGUAAGGUUUAUGCUGUUUUAAACUGGCAAAUUGCUGUUAAAAGCAAAAUGUGCAUUAAAUACAAUUACAACCCUG